AUGCCUCCUCUGGCCAAGCAGCCACUGACCCCGAGUGUCGAUUCUCGAUUCCUGUCGAAACUGAAAGAGAAGAAGAAGAGGAGAGAGGCUGCGAAAGCUUUAUAUCCUCUCGUGAUGCAAGCCUUUCGUAACGCCGGAGCCAUGAGGUUUGUGCAAGGGCGUCGUCUGUUUGCAAUGGUUUCAGGCCACUAUCCACCUGCACCCGAACCUGAUCUGCCUCAAAUCUCGUCGAUGGAUCCCUUUGGUAGGCCCCAGCCUCACCCCAGUGUCUUGGAGACGAUUGAGCAUAUGAGAAACCUCACUCAUUUGAUCCUGGGCCUUCCAAACCCUCCCGAGCCCGCCAAAGUAACCACCGGUGAUUUUGUUGUGAAGUUGGUCAAGGUUGAUCCUGGCAAUAACUGGACUGUGCUUACAGAAGUUGCAUGGGUCAAAUCGCUGGAUUCUAUCCCAGUGAUAUUGUCUCAAUUCGAUUCAAUCUCUGAUGUGAAGCCAUUCAUAAUGGGGAAAAACCCUCUACACCUGGGAGUCAAGAGCUUAGUAGUUGAACGUGAACUGUCUUCUGGUCCGGUUCAAAAUUUCCGAUCGUACCUUCAUCAUCCAACAAUGACCUUGAGCUCAUUUACGAUCGCACCUUCAUCAUCCAACAAUGACCUUGAGCUCAUUUUCUUGACCUCAUCACUCGACUAUACGAAUAACUUCUUCGCCGUUUUACAAAACUCACUGUCACAUUCAAGAGCGAGCGAAGGGGAGAGAGAGAGAGAGAGAGUCAAGUCACUUAAUCCCAUGAAUCGUCUCCUACUUCAUCGUCCGUAA